AUGCAUUUGUUAGGCGUGAACCUACCUGAUGGACAUUUGGUAUACCGCGCCCUCCGUUCCUUCUACGGACUCAACUACCACCUCUCCCAACGGCUCUGUUCCCGAUUCCAAAUCCACCUCCGUACGCGAGUUAGCGAGCUCACCGACCCCCAAAUCUCCGCUCUCUCCGCUUACCUCUCUUCCCCCAGUACGGUUGCGCCCCCUCUGAGAUGUCAGCGGGCUCCUCCCGGUUUCCGGGCUAGCUUGAGCGACCCCCUUCCGGCUCCGGAAAGGAGUAAGAGGAUGGACGACCUCGCCCUGCUCAAGCUCGAAAGUGAAGGACGCAGGGUUGUGAGAGAGAAUAUCGCCCAUUAUAGGGAGAUUGGGACGUAUAGAGGGAGGAGGCACGCGAUGGGCUUCCCGGUGCGGGGGCAGAAUACCCAGUCGAACGCUAGGACUGCGAGGAGGAUGAAUAGGCUUGAGAGGAGGGGGUAUGUUACGUGA